UAUAAACAUCAUAUAUAAAAUAAAUAAAUAAUUAAAUGGAUUAAACAAUUUAGGAAAUGAUGGAAGAUAAAUCAAUGAGUUUUAAGUUCUUGUUAGCUGUACAAUAACAUAGAUACGAAGAAGCAUAUUAAAUUGGCAAAGAAAGUACAUUCUUUAGUGAUUGUAGUUUUGAAAGUCAAUCCAUCUGAUAAGAGCGUGAAUCGUUUUAUGUUAUUUUUGCAAUAAAAUAUGGGAUAUCGUAAGACAUACACUUAAUUUUUAUGUCGAUGGAUUGUUUGAUUUCUAAGAGGAAGAAGAUGAAGAUGACGAAUUUGAAUUAGAAGAUGAAGAAGAAGAAGAAGAAGAAGAAGAACAGUUAGAGAAUCUAGAUGAUUAAGAAGACGAAGAAGAGGAAUAUGAAGAAUAUGAAGAAGGAGAAUAAAUUUAAUAAGAUGAAGAUUCAGAAUAUGAAUGGGUUUAUGAAGAUGAAGGAUUACAACAACAAGAAGGAUUUGAUCAACAAGAAAAUACAGAUGAAGAUCAAAACUUUGUUUAAGAAGAUACUAAUGAAGGAGAUAUUAGUUUAAGUAUGGAUAAAAAAAUUUAAGAAAAAAAAUAAUCAUAAUAAUAAUAAUAAUAAUAAUAAUAAUUAUAAAUUUAAAAAAGAGUUGUUUAAUAAGCAAAACCAAAAUCAUCUAUUCCUAAUGGUGUUCCUACUUUACCUAAAGUAAAAUAAAAUAUAUAUUAAUAAAUAGAUACAGAAUAAAUAAAGACCCAAUUCUUAAUCUAAGUAAUAAAUUCAAAAACAAUAACCAUUAUAAUAGAAUUUAAUAAAAUAAGCAGCAGUUAAUUGUAAUAUUUAAUAAUAAUAUAAAUAGAACUUCGUUUUCCAAGUAGUUUGGCUAAGAAGAAAUGA